CCUAUGAUUUAAGGUCUUUUUUUUUAAAAUCUAUAUUUUAAAUAGAAUAAUUUAUUACUUGGCCAUUUGGCCGGGGGAUUUCUUUUGUCCCUUCCGUAAGCAUUUCCUUAUUAGGUUUUUCCCCUGACUAAUGUAUGUAGGCCGUUUGCUGUAAACGGGCCUGCAACAAUGCUCGUUAUAUAGAUGAACAGGAGUUUGUCUUGUGCAUCACAUUUCGUUCGUAGCAUUCAUUGUUGGCAGUUGGCGAGAAAGACAACGUCGACGAUGUUACCUCGUUUAAUUUUCUACCUGGUUGGAUUGUGGUUACCUGUUCUAACAACGGCCGUCAAUGGAACAGACGGUGGAGAAUGGGUCCCGUUCGUUGAGGGCUCAUUUGACGAUGAGAACGAUAACGUAGCAGCCAGAUGGAUGUACGGACCGAUUGGUUUCGAUGAAAUUCAAUUCAAUCCUCCGGUAUCGAGUGCGACUGCUUUGCCUCCACUAAAACCCUCGAUAGAUCAAAGUGAAAAAGACAUCAUUUCAUCGAAAGAUGACGGGACAGAUCAGUUCUUGAUCGAAAUUGAUUCGUUCAGAGCCAAACGGGUAGCUCUUGCUAGGCUUUUCGACGACGACCGGUCCAGAAGACGAUCGAGUUCCAGCUCACGCUCACGCUCAAGUUAUCGGUCCAGCCGAUCCCGGGCUUCUAGAUCAAGCUGGUCAUCCAGCUGGGACAACGACAGAUCCAGCGCGUAUUACGAUGAAUAUCCUCAGUACAACUACGGCGGUUAUUAUGCCCAACCUCAUUACGGAUAUCGUCCGCAAUAUAAUUAUGGCUAUCAAUACCGGCCGCAGUAUCGCCCCCAGUAUUACCACGGUGGGCACAGACGCUAUUAUUAUCACGGCUAGGUGUGAACAAAGACAUCCAUUCGCUCAUUUGCAUUACCACAUAGCAGCACUAUCUUUACUCUUGAUAUUUAUAAUUUUAUCUUUAUUAUUCUGCAACAAAUCAAAACUAUGCGCACACGUUUGAAUUUCAAGAAAGCAAACGUCGAAUAGAGAAUCUAGCU